AUGGCACAAGUCACGCUAUCGAAUAAUAAUAUUUAUUCUCAAAUGAAAACACGCAGACUUCGCUUAAUACUAGGAAUAAUAUUUGGUAUUGUUAUUAUUGCCCUUUUGGGAACCGCAAUAUACUUCAUCGUAAGAGGUGGUGACUUCGACAAUAAUCAACCCAAGCCCGAAGAAAACGGAAUAAAGUUGGAGGAUGUGUUAACUGGCCGCCUCGCACCAAAACGCUUUAAUGGUAGUUGGUCAGGUUCUAAUCUUAUAUAUAAAGAGGAGCAUUCGAUUGUAGAGUAUGACGUGAAAACAAAAAACCGAGAAGUGUUGUUACUGAAUGGAUCGCAGUACGUUUUAUUUGAAAAAUCGGCCGACGGGCAGUUCUUACUGCUCGCUAAGAAUUAUAGAAAGAAUUUCCGAUAUAGUUUUGAGGCUGAGUACGAUAUAUAUAACAUUACUUCCCGUGCAAUGAAUCCACUCAAAAUUAAAGGUGAACAGAGAUCACUUAUAAUGGCUCAGUGGGCUCCAGUCGGCAAUGGACUUGUGAUAAAUUUCGAACGCAAUCUUUACUACAAACCGAAUCCAUUUGCUGACGAAAUUACAAUAACAAGCGAUGACAACUUUGCAAUAUUAAAUGGUGUACCCGACUGGGUUUAUGAAGAGGAAGUUUUCAAUUCCAAUGUGGCCACAUGGUUUAAUCCAAAUGGUACAAAAAUUGCCUUUAUCAAAUUCGACGACUCUCCCACCCAUACCAUUAAUUUCCCUUACUACGGAGAGGCUGGCGAUUUGCGUUAUCAAUAUCCUUUUAAUCGCCUAGUUGCAUAUCCGAAAGCGGGUUCAUCAAAUCCACGUGUAAGUCUCUUCACCGCAGACCUGGAAAGUGCUGUAAAAGGUUCAGAGUUUUUGGAUCCAGUUCCUGUACCCAGUGCUUUGAACACAGAAACCGAUUAUAUCAUAACUGUGGUCGACUGGUUAGACAAUAAUAAUGUUUUAUCUGUUUGGAUGAAUCGUAUACAGAACCUAGCUUAUCUGCAAGUUGUUGCAGGAAGAAAACGUCUUGAGGUAUAUGAUAUGGAAUCAAAAACUGGCUGGGUUGAUCUGUUUUCUACCCCGUUUAAGAACAAAGAUGGCACGCGUAUUGCUGUUAUAUUACCACAGGGGCAGGACGAUGACGGCUAUUUCCGACACCUUUGCAUACUAUCAGCAACAAUUUCAAAAAGCAGUCCCGAUAUAUUAACGAAGGGCAAAUAUACUGUCCAAUCAAUACUACAUUGGGAUACCACAAACGAUAUCAUUUUCUAUACCGCAAACACUGAGCAAAACUCAGAAAUACUUCAAGUAUACUACAUUCGAGCAACAACUGGUCAUACUCCAAAGUGUUUAACUUGUAAAUUACAUACUUCGGGUGAUGUCGAGCAAAAUUAUUACUCAGCUGAUUUCAGCACUGAUCAUCAAAUAGUUAUUAGUUCUCUGGGACCAGGAAUACCAAUGACUGCCAUUUAUGAAUGGACAUAUUCAAAUUCCCAAGUGACGUUAAAAAAAGUCAUUGACUGGGAGAACAAUGAGUCAUUACGUUCCAAAUUGAAGUCAGUUGCAAUUCCAACCGUUAUAAUUGAUACAAUACCAAUAGCGAGUGGUUUUACUGCUAAGGCUUUAAUGCAGUUGCCACCAAAUUUGGACCGUAGUGGUAAAACAAAAUACCCGAUGCUUGUAGAUGUAUAUGGAGGUCCUGAUUCACAUUCGGUCGUUAAUAAAUGGAUUUUAGAUUGGGGUACUUAUUUAUCAUCAAGUCAUUCUGUGAUUUAUGUAAAAAUAGAUGGACGUGGCACAAAUCUUCGUGGCGAUAAAUUAUUGCAUUCCAUUUACCAGAAGCUAGGUACUGUUGAAAUUACGGAUCAAAUUGAUGUAACUAAAAAAUUGCAAGCUAAAUAUUCUUUUAUUGAUGCUAAUCAUACUGGUAUUUGGGGUUGGAGUUACGGUGGUUACGCUGCUGCUAUGGCACUAGCGAACGAUGAUAGUCUUGCUUUCAGAUGCGCUGCAUCGAUUGCACCUGUUACAGAUUGGGCGUACUAUGAUUCUAUAUAUACGGAACGUUACAUGAGAUUACCUAAUACAAAUGAAGCUGGUUAUAUGAACGCUAGGUUAAGCACACGUGCUCAGAAACUAAGAGGGAAAAAAUUCCUAUUAGUCCAUGGUACCUUAGAUGAUAAUGUACAUUAUCAACAAGCAAUGAUUUUAGCCAAAAAUCUAGAACGUUAUGAUAUAUUAUUUAAACAAAUUAGUUAUCCAGAUGAAGAUCAUGGCUUAUCAGGCGUACGUCCACACUUAUACCACUCAUUGGAUCGAUUCUUUGGCGAUUGCUUUGACAAUAAAAAUAUGAAUGGCUCCAAAUAGUAAUUAUUUAGACAGAGAAAGCAACAUUCACCAAAAACAACUACGCUUUAUCAAAAAUAAAAACGUAUUGUACUUGAGUACUUUAUCCGAUUAUCUAAAAUGUAGGCGUGAUCAAUUAUUUGUAAUAUGUUGAAAUCAAAAAUUAUAAAGAAUUUAGCUUUUUAGCGUAUGCAGGUCCAAACCCAGGAACUUUAAAACAAUAAUAGAACGUUUUUAUAUAUUGUAGCAUUUAAAAUAGUUAAAAUUAAUUUUAAAGAAAACUAAAAUCAAAAUCAAAAAUCUAUAUCAAAUAAAAAUUAUCAUAUUAAUGAUACUUGAUAAACGGUAUCGAAAAUAUGUUUCGAGUUGAUAUUCUGUAGUUUCAUAUUGCGUCUAGUAUACUUAAUUGAAUUAUUUUUUAAAACGUAUUAUUACUUCAGUACGAAGUCAGCUAAAGCAAAACAAAUGAUUAUUUACAAUUAUUAGAGUAAGUCAAGAAACCGAAACAUUCAUAGAUGCUUCCACAUAGAUGUAGCGGGUUAGUUAAGCUUAAAUACAAAAAUUGUGCCAAAUUUUGCAUUUUGAUUUAUCGUAGAAAAUCUGCCGAAAUUCGAUUUUUCAAAACAAAAUAGAGACUUAAUUACAAUUAAAAUCGUAGUAAGCACUGUU